GAAAAAUACAUUGGAGUAUAUAUCACCUCUAUUAUAGAGUUUCUUUAUUUUAGAGGUGAAAAUAGCAAAAUACAUUGGAGAUGGUCUUAUACACAUUUUAUUGUUGGCAAAAUCCAGAUUUAAGAUAAUUCCAUCUUUUACCAAAAAAUUAAGAGACGAUAGAUGACAAUCAUUCAAACAAAAAAUUAAUAGUUUUUGUGAUCCAACAAAGUUAAAUUAGACUUUCAAACAUAAUCAACACAUACAUUUCUUGCAUACAUAUGCUAAGGAAUUAUGAUGCUCAUGUGGGUAGCAAUCAUACUUUCAUUAAUAAUCAUAUGAUAUUGGAAACAUUUAUGAGUAGAAUUUCACUUUACUCAGACUGUGUUAUAUGUGGAUAUACUCAGUCUAUACAAUAAAAACACUCUAUGAGUUAUAUGAUCAUAUUUUGUGUACAUAGUCUACAUGUGGGUAACUAAUUAUUACUCAAAAUUAAUAUCAAAUACUUAUUUGAACAGUAAUUUUCAUUUAGCAAAUCAUUUAGAGUAAAGUCAAUGUUGUAAUAUCUAAACUCUAAUUUAAUUUGGCACUUUAUAUAACUUAUUGUUUUAUAAAAAUCAUGCAUUUUUUUUUAAUUUGAUUCAAUAUGAUUUAUGUAUAGAUAAACUUAUGCAUUCGUUAUUUCUCAUUUCAGAGAUCAGAAUAGAAUACACACAUAUAAGGUAUGAUUCAUGAUUUCCGAAAAACUCUUGUAUGUUUUAUACAUACAAAUUAAACAUUAAUGUAGACCUAAUUUUCAUUACCUAAGUAUAGAUCUAAUUUCAUCAUCUAAAUAUAAAUCUGUUAUACUUUCCGGAUUAGCUAUAUGUUUAUUACCAUUAGCUCUUAUACCACAUGUAGACAUUAUUUACAUUAACCCUAAGAUCUUUAACAUCUAUACUAAUUAUAUAAUAUAACUAUAACUAGGAUUAGUGGAGUAUCUCAAUUCAUCGUUGCGGAAAUCUUCUUGAAUGGUUUUGAUUUAUGGAAGAUGAGUUCUUGAUCUUUAAGUUGGAGUUAAGACUUAUUUCCUCUUGCCUACAAAAUUUUCUUUAUGUAUUGCUUUUUAGUGUUUGUGAUGUCUUUAAGAUGGAGAAAAGACAUCUAUCUAUAGGUAGAUUUUUUUUUCCUCAUCAAGUUUUGAUUACUUCUUCACCAAGACUUUAUUUCUUUUUGGCAAAUUUAUUUUUUAAUCUCAACCAUCCAUCAAAGUUGAGUAAUGAUAAGUAUUUAGACUUUUAGAAUCAUUCAUUUAUAUGUUGAACUUGUUAUCUUAGAAUGCAUUGAAUUUAAUUCAAAUGUUUUUAUAUUGUUAUAUAUUUCAUGAGUCAUCAAGUGAGAAACUUUGUAAAAUAAGUUAUUUGUCCAUUAGUUAAUCCUUAUUAGAAACUAAACUAUUUUAGUUAUCAUUUUAUUGUUUACCAAGUGUUUUUAGAAUUUAACGAUAUCAAUAAAAUAUAAAUGGACAAUAAAUCUACACAAUGGUAUAGAAAUGUUUAUCUACUAAUGAAUGUAUUUCUUACAAUACCAUGGAAAGUACCGUAACAUGUCUUUUGAUUACAUUUACUUCGUCCGCGAUAGUGGUUGAAAAAUGUUCCAUUUGGCUAAAAACAAACAAAGUAGGUGAGUAUGGGAGUCAUGUGCGGAAACCGCGUGGAAAUUGGACUUCAGGAGACCAUCUCGUUGUUUGUUCAUGUUCAUUCUCCAUCUGUUACCAGCCUGUUUCCCUCAAUAAUUUAUGAAUAGAUUAACAUAUUUAUUCUUGAGAAUGUAACAAUUAAAUGAUCCAAUUACUUGUGAUCGCUACAUCUUUAUUAUCAAUAUUACAACCGUGGUAUCUCAAACUACUCAAGCUAUUUUAAAAAAGCAAGUUAAUAUUUGUAGUUCGCUAAAAAGGUAAAAAAAAAAACUAUAACUAAUUUGUAAUGAACAAUUGCAUAUAUUCUUAUUAUAAAUAAAAAAUAUAUAAAAAAUGUGAAAAUAAUGAAAACUGGUCUAUUGUUGAAGACUCAUAAUGGGAAUGAGAGACUACGGUUCGUAUAUUCUUAUUGAGAUCUCAUCCUUUAAAAAAAAAAAACUGAAAGUAUCUUGGGUUUAUGAAGAAGUCAAACUAAUUUUCAAGAGAAAAAAAAUACAAUUUACAUAUAAACCAUUUAUUAGUAUGCAAAUAGAUAUCAAAAAUAACGUGAUUUACUUUCGCGCAUCAGAUGAAAUUAAGACACAUUGGCGUGUCAAUAUGUCUCUUUACCACUUGACCAUAAUUCACCUUUUUGGCUAUCCUAUAUCCACUAAAUUGUAAAAACAUACUUAUAAAAUUAGUAUGUAUUUUAGUCUAGGAUCCCGAGUUAUUAAAAUCAACUUCGUAUUUAUACAGGUUUUAGAGAUUAUACUGAAAUGUUGGUUUGGAAUGCUUUAUUAUUGAAAGAGAAUAAAAAUAAGAACAAUAGAACAUGUUGGUUUUAUUUAAUAAAGAUAAUGGAAUUUGGAAGGGAAUAUUACUGUAAGUCCAUUAAAAAUAAUGAAGUUGGUAGCUUUGGCCUAUAAAAGGCCAAUAAAGAGACCACAAGGACAAUGUAAACUUGAUCCUUGCUAACUAUCUUCAGUGACUUAAAGACAACCAGUGAAAUUAAACAUGAAGAUAAUCCUCUCCAUAUUCUUUGUUGCCUCAUUUCUUCUAAUCACUUCAUCUCUUGCUUCGGCUACUAUCUCAGGUGGUGGUGGUGCGGUAGCUCCAGCGCCGGAAAUCAAAGAUGGAGCAGAGUUAGAGAAAUGGUGUGGAGGGAAGUGUGAAGUGAGAUGCGAAGAAGCAGGGAUGAAGGAUAGAUGUUUGAAGUAUUGUGGGAUAUGCUGCAAAGAGUGUAAGUGUGUUCCUUCAGGAACUUACGGGAACAAGCAUGAGUGUGCUUGCUAUCGUGACAAGCUUAGCAGCAAAAAGACUCCCAAGUGUCCUUGAUUAUACAUUUCGUUCUCCAUCCAAAUUUUUAAAUAAAUAAAAAAGAAAGAUCCGUUGAACCAAAUAUGUAUGGAUCUUUUGCUAUGAGUUUUUUCCCUUCAAUUGUCCUUUUGUAAUUCCCGGUGUUUUUUUCUUGAUAAGUGAUUCCCGGUGUUAAAUUGGUUUUUAUUAUAAUGUGGAAUUAUACACUUACCAAUCAAUCGAAGCUAUCUAUUACUCCA